AUGCCAAACUCCAAUCUAGCCGCCUACCUGGCCAAAAAUUACCUAACAGCCUCGACGACAUCAACGCCGCCAGACUCGGACUUUGCCGACUCGACACGACCCAAGAAGAAGCGGAGGAAGAACAAAGAAACAGCAAGCGGUGGUGGGGGCCUGAUCAUCGCCGACGACGACGAGGAUCUAUCGUUACGCAAGGGACCACAAGACCAAAAUGACGAUAAUGAGAUCCCGAUAUUUGAAACGAAUGUCAAAUCAGCCGAGUUUAGAAAGAAGAAAGGUGGAAGUGGAUGGAAAGUAGUGUCUGAACCAACAACCACCACCACCUCUGGAAACAACCACACAAACAACAAUGGCGAUGGCGCUGGCGAUGCUGCCGCAGCGGCAGAAGCAGAUCGCAUCCUCGCACAGGCAGAAAAGGAAGCCCGUCGGCGCCGCCGGGAAAUCGAAGACGAAGAUGCGCCUGCGAUUGUCGAAACCGACUCUACGCCGGUCAUGGCGUCCGGUGUUCGCGCAGGUCUACAAACGGCCGAAGACACGGCUGCUCUGAUUGCGCGGGAACAGAAAGAGUCCAAAAAGAAGUCGAAAAGCAAGGAAGACAAGCCACAAGAAGAAGAAACAAUCUAUCGAGAUGCCACGGGCCGUCGGAUUGAUAUUUCUAUGAAACGCGCCGAGGCGCGGGCGGCCGAACUUGAACGAAUAAAAGCGGAGAAAAAAGCCCGCGAAGAUGCUAUGGGUGAAGUGCAACGGAGGGAGAAAGAGGCUCGGAAACAACAGCUUGACGAGGCCAAGUUUAUGACGUUGGCUCGCGGCGCUGAUGACGAGGAAAUGAAUGAUAUGUUGCGUAGGCAGAAACGGUGGGAUGAUCCGAUGGCUGGGUAUAUUGCGCAGCAAGAGGAAGAUAACGGCGAAAGGGAGUUGGUGAAGUCGAAAACGAAAGCAAGGGGGAAGGAGAAGUCUGGUGGUGGUGGUGGAAUAGUAAAGACGAGGAAACGAGUUUAUGCGGGCCAUGCCCCUCCAAACAGGUACGGUAUUCUACCUGGUUGGCGAUGGGACGGGGUCGAUCGCAGCACGGGCUUUGAGAAGGAAUGGUUUCAGGCUAGGUCGAGGAGUGCCAGGGUUGAAGAGUUGAAGUAUCAGUGGCAGAUGGAUGAAUAG